AUGAUCGAGGUCCUGUAUAAUGGUCCGGCCUCGAUGGAGGGGUCGAGGUCACCCUUCACGAGAGAAGAGCAUAGAACGAGCCAAAGCAGUCUUAUCAAGGGUGGCAAGCGCGCGCCGCGCCGCUCCCAGACCCAGCACGAGUACUUCCUCCCUCAGUCUCCUGGCUUUACGCUCUACACGAUUCCUCAGCCACCCCCCAUCCCCGAGGGCAGCAGCCCCCAAACGCCUUCGGAGCCUUCGCAGGAGUCAAGCCAGAAAGCGGCGGAACAGACGCGACCACCGGCACGGCGGCCGCCACUCGGCCCUCCGCGGCGGUCCUACUCGGUAACGGACCAGCAGCCCAUUCCCCGGCGCCACCAGCCGACGGUCAGGCUUGCACUGACAGACUUGCCAUCCGAACUCCAUUUUGUCUUGUUUGACUUCCUCGACCCGAUUGACAGCACCUGCCUCGGCCUGACCAACAAGCAUUUCUACGCCAUCCACCGCCGGCUCCACGGCUCCGUGUCGCUCACCGCCCGCCGGAACGGGCCGAACGAGCUCGAGUGGGCGUGGCAUCUCGCGGGUAGCGUGGUCCGGCCAAGUACCUUCGUGGCGGUCGGUAGCAAGGACACGCUAUCCAAGCUGCGGGUGCGAGGGCAGGGAUAUUGCCGCAUGUGCGGCGUUACGAAAUGCCAGCUUCACAAGCACAUUCAGGAAUGGAUGGGUGAGGAGCGCGAGUACUGCUCAGUUACGCAGAAGUACGGGACCGUGGCGCCCGAGGGUUCCAAGUCAUAUUGCUAUAUGAGCAAGCCGGGUGACAAGAGCAGUCCGGCAGCUCUCGUGUCGAAGUUUUUCUAG